UCAAUUUUUGCUAUUCCAUAUUUACCCACAGAAAUGGGCCAGACUCCAGAGAUAAAUACAAAUACAGUGCAAAAGCUACAAAGCCUCUUCUAAAUUCACUCUUCUCUCUGCUAUUUUCCUCACAAAAAAACAAAGCACAUUAUCAUAAUGUCCUUCCCCAUCUUCUUCUUCUUUCUUCUACUUUCACUGUUCAAGCUCUCACAUUCCACCACAAUUGUAGUAGAUGGAUUUUCUGAGUGGAAGAACCCAACCGUUCACAUUGGUGAUUCUAUCAUUUUCAAGCACAAGCAAAAUCACAGCCUCUACAUUUUCAAGAACCAGAAUGCCUUCAAUAUUUGCAAUCUCACCCAAGCCACUCUUCUCACCAAUCCCACCACUACCUCCUACACGUGGCAUCCAUCUCGCACUGGUUUCUUCUACUUCACCUUCAACAAUGGCUCGCUCAAAACAUGCCAAAAUUCUCAGAAGCUAGCUAUAAAGGUUUCUUCAGCAGCAGCAGCACCACCACAAGGUUCAGAAGUGACUCCAGAACCUUCUCCAGUGGUAACUACUCCAGCUCCUUCUUCAGGUGGAGAUGUGCCAUCUUCUCCUUCAUUUCCAUGGCCUUUCCGUCCUCACCAAGCAGCAGCUUCACCUGGUCCAGCACCAGCAGCAAGUUCACCGGCGGAGACAGUUCCACUGGUACCAGGUAAAGGGGGUAGCACUAGCACUAGCAUGCCCUUCAUUAACAGCAACCCUGCAGUUCCUCUGCCUACUGGUGAAGUUGAUUCUGCUACCAUACGCCCCCUCCCAACCUCUGGCCAUCAAGGACAGGUGAUGAUUGGGUCAUUUGGAUUUCAUAUUGCUGUGUCCACCAUGGCUUUACUGCUGCUGUAAGAGGAAGAGAAAGAAAGAACUAUGGGGGCCAUUUUAUGUCACAAGAGAGAGAGAGAGAGAGAGAGAGAGAGAGAGGGAACGGGGCAGGGAGGGUAAUCCAAUGAGCUAAGCAUCAUGGAGUGUCUAAAGUAGCUUUAAGAGUGAUGAUUAUACCAUGUAUUAAGAUGCUCUUACAUUCUACUGUGGAAUAUUAAGCACUUUUAGUUUUUUGGAUUUGGAAAGCAAUUGAUUGCUCUGCUUUUGCUUUUUUCC